AUACACGGGAAAGUACUUGACACACUGAUCAUUCAUCCAAACCCAGAACACCAGGAACUAAGUACAUAACCCAGGGAACCUGGAGAAAAUUGAAAGCCUAGCUAGGGCUCCGCCCUCCCACUCCCAGCAUGCGUCCCAGCAUGCCCUGCGCCGCAGCCUGGGUGGGACUUCCUGUGCAAGCCUACGGACUUCCGCGACUGCCAUUGGUAUGAUAUGCGUGUGGUCGCCUGGGCGACGAUGCUGGCUGUGAAGUUUGGAAGGGAGGACUAGCAGAGCAAGCUGGCCUCAAGCUCAGAGAUCCACCUGAUUCCUGGGAUUAAAGGAGGAGAGGUCUGAGGGAUACCUCAGUGCUGUGCUCCGAACCGCUGCUCUAACCCGUUGCACGAGCUGUAGCACCACAGGCCACCCCUGGCUUAUCAAAUCCAACCACGAAGGGAGCUCUGGACCCCCAACUGCCUUGCUACUACUGGCAGGCUGAAGCCAUGGACAUAGACGCCGAACGAGAGAAAAUAACUCAGGAGAUCCAGGAGCUCGAAAGGAUUUUAUAUCCUGGAUCCUCCAGUGUCCACCUUGAGGUCUCUGAAUCCAGUCUCAGUUCGGACUCCGAAGCAGAUUCCCUGCCUGAUGAGGACUUGGAAACCGCUGGUGCCCCCAUCUUGGAAGAAGAAAGGUCGAGUGAGGGCAGCAAUGAGGAGGAGGACCCCAAGGACAAAGCUCUACCUGAAGACCCAGAGACCUGUCUGCAGCUAAAUAUGGUCUACCAGGAGGUGAUCCGGGAAAAGCUGGCAGAGGUUAGCCAGUUGCUAGCCCAGAACCAGGAGCAGCAGGAGGAGAUCCUGUUUGAUCUGUCUGGGACCAAAUGCCCUAAGGUGAAGGAUGGCAAAAGCCUGCCUUCAUACAUGUACAUAGGCCACUUCCUGAAGCCAUACUUCAAGGACAAGGUGACUGGAGUGGGGCCUCCUGCCAACGAAGAAACACGGGAGAAGGCUACCCAGGGAAUCAAGGCCUUUGAACAGCUCUUGGUGACCAAGUGGAAGCACUGGGAGAAAGCCUUGCUCAGGAAGUCUGUAGUGAGUGACCGCCUGCAACGCCUUCUCCAGCCCAAGUUGCUGAAGCUUGAAUACUUACACGAAAAACAGAGCCGAGUCUCUAGUGAGUUGGAAAGGCAGGCCUUGGAGAAGCAGAUUAAGGAAGCAGAGAAAGAGAUUCAGGACAUCAACCAGCUCCCAGAGGAAGUGUUGUUGGGGAACCGGCUGGACAGCCACGACUGGGAGAAGAUUUCCAAUAUUAACUUUGAAGGAGCCCGCAGUGCGGAGGAGAUCCAGAAGUUCUGGCAGAGUUCUGAGCAUCCAAGCAUCAAUAAGCAAGAAUGGAGCACAGAAGAAGUGGAGAGGCUAAAAGCCAUCGCUGCCACACAUGGCCACCUGGAGUGGCAUUUGGUUGCAGAGGAACUCGGGACAAGCCGCAGCGCCUUCCAGUGCCUGCAGAAAUUCCAGCAGUGCAACAAAGCCCUGAAACGCAAGGAGUGGACAGAGGAGGAAGACCACAUGCUCACCCAACUGGUCCAAGAGAUGCGCGUUGGGAACCAUAUUCCAUACCGCAGGAUUGUCUACUUCAUGGAAGGGAGAGACUCCAUGCAACUGAUCUACCGUUGGACCAAGAGCUUAGAUCCCAGCCUGAAAAGGGGAUUCUGGGCCCCAGAGGAAGAUGCUAAAUUGCUUCAAGCUGUUGCCAAGUAUGGGGCGCAGGACUGGUUUAAAAUCCGGGAAGAGGUGCCAGGUAGGAGCGAUGCCCAGUGCAGAGACCGCUACAUCAGAAGAUUACAUUUCAGCUUGAAGAAGGGUCGGUGGAAUGCAAAGGAAGAACAACAACUAAUGCAGUUAAUAGAAAAACACGGUGUUGGUCACUGGGCAAGAAUAGCUUCUGAACUGCCACAUCGGUCAGGCUCACAGUGUCUGAGCAAGUGGAAAAUCUUGGCCAGGAAGAAACAGCGUCUCCAGAGGAGGAGAGGGCAGAGGCCCCAUCACAGUAGCCAGUGGAGCUCCAGCAGUGGCAGCAGCAGUGGCGGCAGUGAGGACUAUGGCAGCAGCAGCAGCAGCAGUAGCAGUGAAGACUCAGAUGUGGAGCUGGAGGAGUCUCUGGAGAACAGUAGAACAUUGGCUCCUCAACAGUACAGAGUGCCAGACAUUGACCUGUGGGUUCCUACCAGGCUGCUCACCAGCCAGUCGCAAAGAGAAGGGACGGGGUGCUACCCAGAACACCCUGCUGUCUCCUGCUGCACUCAGGAUGCCACUCAAAAUCACCACAACGAAGGUUCUACUACAGUCUCUGCUCCUGAGAAAAACCAGAUGCAGGCGCCCUAUGAGACCCACAGCACUGUUCCAAGAGGAGUCCAGUUCCUACACUUCUCGGACACUCACCUAGCAAGUAUGAAGGAUCCGACCUGCAAGCAUGUGUUGAAAGUGCCCCUAGAGAAAAUGCUGAAGUUAAUCAGGACUCGUCCAACCACCCAGAGCCACACACUGAUGAAGGAAAGACGGAGGCAGCCACCCCUGCCUAAUUCAUGCCCAGGAUCUGACCCUGGUAACAGAAUGGUUGGGCCCCAUCUGCGGCGGCUGUGGCAUGGAACUUUCCAGAAUAAGCAGAGACGCAAGAGACAGGCUCUCCAUCGCAGGCUUCUUAAGCACAGGCUUCUGCUGGCUGUGAUACCCUGGGUGGGUGACAUCAACUUGGCCUGCACACAAGCUGCCCGGAAACCUGCAACUGUACAGACUCAAGCUGACAGCAUCAGGAUGCAGUUAGAAUGUGCCCGCCUGGCCAGCACUCCAGUGUUCACACUGUUUAUUCAGCUAUUGCAGAUUGAUACUGCGGGCUGCAUGGAGGUGGUUCGAGAGAGGAAAAGCCAGCCACCUGCACUGCUCCAGCCUGGCACCCAGAACACCCAGCCACAUCUCCUGCAGGCAUCCUCUAAUGGCAAGAACAGCACAGGCUGCCGUCUUCCAAGCAUGCCGGGUGAGCAAACUGCAAAGAGAGCCAGCCACAAAGGGCGUCCAUGGCUGGGGUCCUGCAGGGCUGAGGCUACCCCCUUCCAAGUUCCUGUAGCAGCCCCACGCGGCCUCCGGCCAAAGCCUAAGACUGUAUCUGAGCUGCUUCGGGAGAAGCGGCUCCGUGAGUCCCAUGCUAAGAAGGCCUCUCAGGCUCUUGGCCUCAGCAGCCAGCUGCUGGUCUCCUCACCUGUGAUCCUCCAUCCCCCUCUGCUGCCAGCCCCCCAUGGCUCCACAGUAGUAGGCCCUGCAACUUCCAGUGUAGAACUCUCCGUACCUGUGGCACCAGUGAUGGUCAGUUCAAGUCCUUCUGGCUCCUGGCAGGUGGGUGGGAUCUCAGCCACAGACAAGCAGCUCCCCAACCUACAAACCAUUUCCCUAAAUCCUUCCCACAAAGGGACCCAGAUUGCAGCCCCUGCUACUUUUAGGAGCCUAGCCUUAGCCCCUGGGCAGGUCCCCACAGGCUGCCCCCUGAGUACUCUAGGACAGACCUCUACCACAUCCCAGAAGCAGAGCCUGCCCAAGGUCCUGCCCAUCCUCCCAGCAGCCCCCAGCCUCACUCAGCUGUCUGUGCAACCACUGGCAAGUGGGCAGCCCCUGACAACCAAGUCCAGCCUGCCUGUAAACUGGGUUCUCACAACUCAGAAGCUGCUCUCUGUCCAAGUGCCAGCUGUGGUGGGCCUCCCACAGUCAGUGAUGACCCCUGAGACCAUAGGACUACAAGCAAAACAGCUACCUUCCCCUGCCAAGAUUCCUGCUUUUCUGGAACAGCCUCCAGCCAGUACAGACACAGAACCCAAAGGACCUCAGGGCCAGGAAAUACCACCUGAAAAGAAAGAAAUACCUGGGCCUGAAAAGAAGGCUUUGGACCUGAGUCUCCUUUCCCAGGAAAGUGAGGCGGCCACCACCACAUGGCUGAAGGGGUGCCAAGGUGUUUGUGUGCCCCCGCUGGGGAGCAGGAUGCCCUAUCAUCCCCCUUCUCUGUGCAGCUUGCGAGCAUUGUCCAGCCUCCUCCUCCAUAAACAGGACUUAGAGCAGAAGGCUUCCUCUCUGGUGGCCAGCCAGGCAGCUGGAGCCCAACCUGAGCCCAAGGCUAGAGCCCUACAAGCCUCCCUGGAGCUGGUACAGAGGCAGUUCCAGGACAACCCAGCCUACCUCCUGCUAAAGACUCGUUUCCUGGCUGUCUUCUCCCUUCCUGCAUUCCUGGCCACUCUGCCCCCCAACAAUGUUCCCACAACCCUGUCACCAGCCGCGGCUGUGGUUUCUGAGAGUGACAGUGAAGACCCUGGUGACCUGGAGCUCAAGGACAGGGCCAGACAGCUGGACUGCAUGGCCUGCAGAGUGCAAGCAAGCCCAGCAGCCCCAGACCCUGGACAGAGAGCUCCAAGUCCUGGUGAGGUUUCUGCUCCCUCCCAUCUGGAUGCUUCUGACCUUGAUGACCUUGACGUGCUCAGGACCCGACAUGCUCGGCAUUCCCGGAAAUAGAGGUUGCUUUGAGCGGCAAGGACAAGGACUCAAGGGGUCCAGAAACCCACUCUCACACCAGGCAAGAGGCAGGGCCCGAGCCUGACCAGAAGCCCACAAUCCUCGGCAUGAAGAUGGGAGGCCAGAAAGCUACAGGCCUGCAGAUUAAGUUCUGGGUAGCAAGCAACAUGCUGUGAUGAUAGCAGUGGCCAUGUGAUCACAGGCUUAACUGUUACCAAACACGGGUCCACAUAUGUGAGGGAAAGGGAAUAAAGUAAAUGUCUAUUUUUCACUUAAAAAGCAA